AUGCUCUCGCCUUUCUACAUAAUUAUCAGAUUUUGGUGGGUCAUAAGCUCGUCGGUAGUGGACCGCUGCCCGCAUCGCUCGGAGAUUCAGAGUGUAGUUCUGGCACAGGGUGAAGGUGAUAGCUGCUUGAUUCUGGGAACUGUCGAUUCUUACGGUCACCUCAUUGUAUCCCAUCUGGACACUGGGGCUGAUGACAUUGACAGGGCGUCUUAUUCAGUACCACCUCGUGAUAGUGGCGUUGGAGAAGGAAGUUGGGCUGGGUUGUGUUUUAGUCCAACGCACCAAUCCACAGUAGCUGUUGCUCGUGAGUUGUGCAAGAGCAUUGACAUCUAUGAUCAAGACAUUCAUCUUCGCAGUUUACGUACGUUAUGGCACCCAUCUUCAGUUACCUUUUUUCAAUGCUUUCCUCAAGGGAGUGAUAGUGGUUCAAUGUUGGCAAUUACUGAAGGUUCUCAGCUGAGCAUCUGGGACUUAAGGAUGCAUAACAAUGGUGGAUGCGUACAGCGUGUUUCUGGUCCUGUUGGAGGCAUUUUAUACUCUGUUUGUAGUUCUGCCUCAGGACUGAUUGCUGUCGGCGGAACUGAUCGCGCUGUCACCAUCUAUGAUCCUCGCAAGUGGUCGGCCUUAUCAAGAUGGGUAGGCUGCUCCAAGUAUGAGAUUACAGGCCUUUCAUUUUCGUCAGUUGAUCAAUCGUUCAUAUAUGUCCAAGGUGUUGAUUAUGAGAUUACUUGUGGACAUUGGAGCAAAAGUGAGCGCGCAUUCUCAUUUCGAGGUGAUUCUAACUGGCUAGGCUUUUCAAAGUGUGCAGAUACCGAUGUGGUAGCUGGAUGGUGCGAGUCUGGAAGUAUCUUCGUUGCUGAUGUUAGGCAGGAUCUUCUCUCGGCAAUUGGGGUUUAGGGUGACGAGAGCGGGCAAGCAUCCAGCGGUUCUCCCCAUUCUUCGAG